UGUUGUGCUACACAAGAGUAGGCUAGAUUUGGUUCCCCGUUGACACCAGUGAAAAACGGGUGAAUAAAUACUGUCUGCAAAUUGUAUUGCCAUCAGCUUAUAAGCGGUCCAGUGGCCAUGAAAGUUCUACAAGGGAGUGACUACCGUUCUCAUCCAUUGCGCACUUCAUGUUCGAAACUGUUAUUCAAUUCAGUCGAAACAAAUCUACAUUAAAAAUAACCCGUGCAAACGGACAAUUUUGGCAUGGAACCGAUAGUGAUGAUAUGAAAUCGUGACUUGGACUCGCAGCAUCGUAACGGUUACGGAAGAAAUAGGAGAGCAUAUCGCGGAAAUCAAAACGUACAUAAGCAUAAGUGUGACGCCAGCACAUAAGAGAUCUCGAGAGAGCAAAAAAAAAGAAGAAAAUUGGAGAAAAGCUGUGAGUCGAAAGGGAAGCUUUGGAUAUUAAGUUAAUUGCAGAUCUGCAUACACUUUUUUCCCUCACUAUCCUUGCUGGUCACUAGUUUUUCCAAGUACAAUUUCAACUUCGCAAAGCGGGUUGUUUGACCUAAUAUGGCAGAGAGAGUUGUAAAUGAAAAAAAUGACCAGUGUGACAAUCUCAGAACAUCGCUUCCGGUUCCUAUGUUCUCGCGCAAUGACUUCAACAUCUGGGCAGUACUAAAGAAUUGCAUUGGAAAGGAACUCAGCAAGAUAACGAUGCCUGUCGUGUUUAACGAACCUCUAAGCUUCCUUCAGCGCAUGACUGAGUAUAUGGAAUAUGCUCGACUUUUGCGUGUGGCAUCGGAACAACCUACCCCGCUGGAGCGUCUGAAGUACGUGUCGGCGUUUGCGGUGUCAGCACUCGCCUCGAACUGGGAACGGCUUGGCAAGCCGUUCAAUCCGCUGCUCGGUGAAACGUACGAGCUGACGCGCCCCGACUUCCGGAUCAUAUGCGAACAGGUGUCCCAUCAUCCACCGAUUUCUGCAUUCCACGCCGACUCGGAUAGUUUCAAGUUUCACGGCUCCAUCCACCCGAAGCUCAAGUUCUGGGGCAAAAGUGUGGAAAUACAGCCGAAAGGCGUCGUCACCGUGGAGUUCCCGAAGCUCAACGAAGCGUACUCCUGGAGCAACGUGAACUGUUGCGUUCACAACGUCAUCGUGGGCAAACUGUGGAUCGAGCAGUACGGUAUGAUGGAAGUCGUCAGCCACCAGCACGGGAUGAAGGCAACGCUCAACUUCAAACCGUCCGGCUGGAACAAUAAGGAUUUGCACCGGGUCGAGGGUCACAUCACCGAUCGGAACAAACGCAAAACACAUUUCCUGUACGGCAAGUGGACCGAGUUCAUCAAAUGCACCGACUAUGUGUCGUACGAGGAGUACAUAAAGGAAAACGCUCACAAGUUCCGGCGUUCCGGGGAUGAGCGAAGCAAAAGUCCCAACGAAUCACCCGGCAACACGCCGCGCAAGGUGUUAUCCAAACUGAACAGUUUAAAGAUGAGUUCGUUUAAAAGUUUAUCCAUUCAAGAGUCCGAUGAUAUCCCAGAGCCAUCGGAGGGCGACAUCCCGAAAAGUGACUCCACAUACUCGAUCGAUAUUCCCAAUUCCACCACGCUCUGGGAGGCCGAACCGCGCCCAUCCAAUACGGCCGACUUUUACCAGUUCACCAACUUUGCAAUGUCCCUGAACCAACUCGAGGAUCGCAUGAAGCAACCGCGCGCACUCUGCCCGACCGAUUCGCGCCUUCGCCCGGACAUCCGCAAGCUGGAGCAAGGUGAUUUGGAUGGGGCAGCGGCGGAGAAGACGCGCCUCGAGGAGAAACAACGAGAAAAUCGAAAGAAAAGCAAAAAGGCACAGGAAGAUCUGGUCGUCUUUCCACGGUGGUUCAAGCAGGACAUCAACGCCUACACGAAACAAGAGGACUGGAUCUACAAAGGAGGGUACUGGGAGCGGAACGAUGACAAUCUAGAACUGGAUAUUUUUUAAACAUCAUCCAAACAAACCCUCUUCAACCUGUAGCAAUACAUUUCACAUGGCUUGCCACAUCGACGGAGCCCUCUCUUAUUCAAACGGACAUUCAAAUGUUCAUGCAUCCACAACCAGGUUUUUUAGAAUAUCAUCCUAGUACGAUUUUCUUUUCAAGGCAGUUCUUAGCAUGCCAAGUAAGGAGUCAAAAAUAAUACUUUUCAUUAUAAUCAGUCUAUAAAGGCAUCAAUUCGAACACAGUUUCGAUGUGCAUCUCCCGUCACAGCUUUAUACUUGGCUACGGUAGCGAAUGGUCCAAAUGGUAUGAAAAUGUUACGCAUUUUCGGGACACAAAGUGAAAACGCUUGGGACAAUAUAUUUUUAGGCUGUAAGAAUCAUCGCUGCUUGCACCGAGUAAUAGUAGUAGAAGCUGAUUCUGGUAGGUACGUUCUCAAACGGACAUAAAGCUAGCCGAAUUUUCGGAAUCUCGUAGUUUGUUAGUCAAAUUACGCCAUGGGCUUCAUUGCGGAACAAACUUCAUUCGGACAAGUUUGAUGCAAUGUUUUAUGAGUUUGUGCGACGGAAAGUUUGCAAAGUAAAAACGAGCUAUAUAGUUCGUUGUGCAGUGGGUAGCAAACGCAAGUCGCAUGUUGUCUGAUUGAAAUAUAUACUACUCAUAGUUUACUCAUAGUAAACAUCCACAGUGUAUCAAUUGAAUGCAUCAUUACCCGCAUAAUACAUCGUUGAAAGUGUCUAUAAAAUAUAUCGUAACGUACAGUUACCGAAACGUAUCUACUGUAAUGUAAAAUGUAGCUGUCUCUACAGUGUGUGCAGCCACUGUACAAUUAAUAAGCAUCCAAUUAAUAAAGUUCACCUAGUCGAAGCAAUACA